CGUUACAGGGUCCUCCAAUGUUGUCAGAGUUAUUUAGAUAAGAUAGAUGGUCCUUAAUAUUCACUAAAAUUCAUAUGUAACAGAAUAUUCCUAUAUUAUACUUGCUUACUUUUUCAAUUGUAUUGUUAUUAUUAUUGUUAUUUAUGCAUAAAAUGUCAUCGUCUUUUUAUGUUGAUCACAAUUUGUAGGAAGUUAAACCAGCAAUGGGUGUCGAGGAUUACGAAAUAAUCGACUGGUUUAACGAGAUAUCCGACAAUGCAACAUCAGUGCAACAAGAAACACUUCGACAGAUUCUUGAGGACAAUUAUGGUGUUGAGUAUCUAAGCAAGUGGUUAGGGGGCGUCACGAAUAUUCGAGAGAUGGAUGCAUGUACUUUGGAAAAGAUGUUUACUAAGUUAGUCCCGCUUUCGAGUCAUGUAGAUAUUGAGCCUUAUAUUUACAAGAUUGCUGAUGGAGAUACCUCUCCACUUCUCACUCAACACCCUAUAACUCACUUCUCUUUAAGCUCUGGUACCACUGAAGGAAGGCAAAAGUACGUACCUUUUACUCAACACAGUGCUCACACUACUCUUCAGACAUUUAGAUUGGCAGCGGCUUUUAGAUCAAGAGUUUAUCCAACAAAAGCUGGAGGAAGGAUCCUAGAGUUCAUUUACGGCAGCAAGCAAUUCAAGACAAAGGGAGGCCUUACUGCAGGAACUGCUACAACUCACUACUUCAACAGCAAAGAAUUCAAGCUGAAGCAGGAAAAGACCAAGUGCUACACUUGCAGUCCUCUAGAAGUGAUUUCUAGUGGAGACUAUGCACAAACAACGUACUGCCACCUCCUCCUCGGCCUUUUCGUUAGCAGUAAAAUUGAGUUUAUCACGUCGACAUUUGUCUUCAGCAUAGUACAAGCACUCGAAACAUUAGAAGAAUUAUGGAAUGAGCUAUGCAGAGACAUCAGAGAAGGUAAACUUAGCUCAAGAAUUACGAUUCCCUCUGUCCGUGAAUCUGUCUUACAGAGUUUGUACCCAAACCCGUGUUUGGCCUUGACAAUUAGAGCAUUAUGCGAGGAACUAGAGAAGGAGAGUUGGUCUGGCUUAAUACCGAAGUUAUGGCCAAAUGCGAAGUAUGUUUAUUCUAUAAUGACAGGAUCAAUGCAGCCUUACCUUAAGAAAUUAAGACAUUAUGCAGGAAAUCUGCCCUUAAUAAGUGCAGAUUAUGGGUCUACUGAAAGUUGGAUUGGGGUGAAUAUUGAUCCUUCUUCCCCUCCUGAGAAUGUCACCUAUGCAGUCGUGCCUACGUUCUCCUACUUCGAGUUCAUACCUCUUCAAAGAAAUCGAAGGUAUGAAGACGGAAAGUCAUCUGCUUUUGAUGACUUCAUUGAAGAUGAACCUGUUCCACUAUCUAAGGUCAAGGUUGGUCAAGACUAUGAGAUAGUCCUAACUACGUUUACAGGACUUUACAGGUAUAGAUUAGGAGAUGUGGUGCAAGUAUCUGGGUUUCAAAAAGGUACCCCAAAACUGAGCUUCAUAUGCAGGAGGAAGCUGAUUCUGACAGUCAACAUAGACAAGAACACAGAGAAAGACCUGCAGAUAGUUGUCGAGACAGGGUCUCAGAUUCUGAGUCAGCAGGCUGAGCUAAUCGACUUCACGAGCCAUGCCAAUGUGGCCAGCACGCCGGGGCAUUAUGUAAUAUUUUGGGAGAUCAAGGGGGAAGCAGAGGAGCGAGUGCUACAUGAGUGUUGCAAAAAGAUGGAUGAGUCCUUCGUCGACCACGGUUACGUGGUGUCUAGGAAGACCAACUCUAUAGGACCAUUAGAGCUUUGCAUUGUUGAAAGAGGAACUUUUAAGAAAAUUUUGGAGUAUUACAUAGGAAAUGGGGCUGCUUUGAGUCAGUUUAAGACACCUAGGUGUACUAGUAACCAGAAAUUGCUCAAGAUUUUGAAUAAUUGUACCGUUAAACGGUUUUUUAGCACAGCAUAUGACUCAAUUAGCCCAAAUUGAAGUAGAUUGUUGAUAAUAAGCAUAACUCACAUGACUUGAUCUAGAGAAGUUUAUUUAUAUUUUGGUGUAGUUUUCAUCUGUAAUUAGUUAAGAAUCUUGUUAAAAAUUAAUGAUUUAGUGUUUUAUGUCAUUA